UGACAGGCGGUGGUCUAACUACAGGAUGAAUGUUGGGGUGGCUCACAGCGAGGUGAACCCCAACACUAGGGUACUGAAUAGCCGAGGGAUAUGGCUGGCAUACGUUAUAUUGGUGGGCUUCCUGCAUAUCAUACUACUGAGUUUCCCAUUCUUCAGUGUUCCAGUUGUCUGGACCCUGACUAAUGUCAUACAUAACCUUGUGAUGUACCUGUUCCUGCACACAGUUAAAGGUACACCUUUUGAGACUCCUGACCAGGGAAAGGCAAGGCUACUCACCCACUGGGAACAGAUGGACUAUGGCAUCCAGUUUACUUCAUCUCGCAAGUUCCUCACUAUUAGUCCUAUUGUGCUAUACUUGCUUGCCAGCUUUUACACCAAGUAUGAUCCUGCCCAUUUCCUUAUCAACACAGUCUCGCUGCUCAGUGUCCUACUACCAAAGCUUCCGCAGUUUCAUGGUGUAAGAAUAUUUGGAAUAAACAAGUAUUGAAGAGGAUCUUUUACCCUAAGCAACUUAUAUCCAACAUGUAUCAUAUAGUGGUUAACUAAAUAUCAUAUCAUUCUUUGUGCCUUCAAAUGGAGGCUGUCUACACUGGACUGCCUAGCAUGGUGUAUUGGGAAGGAUAUGUGUUCCAGAACUGAAGCCACAUAUAAUGCAAUUCAGCAUCAAGAGUUAAUAACAAAAGUGAUUUUAUGACAAUAUCUUGACUAAUGUACUGCAGUGAUUUAAGUACAAGAGUUUACAUGGUGAUCAUAAAUAACAUCGGUCUGUGAAACAAGUGCUGCUCCAUGACCCCUGUGCUACAAUCAGGCGCAGGGCUUAUGUUGUGCAGCAAGGACUUUAGGGGACCAAACUGUUGCAACUAUGCACAAUUCAUACAACUGCUUUCAUGCAAAUAGGGUGAAUGGGGCGUUUUUAAAUUUGCUAUCUAUGAAACAGAAAAGUUAUGGCUUAAUUUAAUAGGGAAAAGGAUGAUGUGUAUCGUUACACUAACAAAGACGUGUAGGACCUGAUAAGCAUUUGAUAUUUUGAAAAUUAGCUAUCUGCAUGUGCAUAAAUAAGACAAGCUGAAUCAGGCAGUAUUGUUGCCCAAGGCAAUAGUCCCUGUCCCUGUGCCCUGCACACUCACAGCUGCCCCACCCUCACCGCUGCUAUCUACCCCCUCCUUGUUCCCAUGAGCUGUCACUCUUCCAUCACCACCCCUAGUGCUUGACGCUAGUCACCCAUUCAGCCGAGCUGUCACACAGUCACUUGCUCCUCUGCUGGUGGGCUGCAGGUAGGCAGUCUGCUAGGAACUGCACCCCCUACAACUGCACAUUAGGUGGGUCCUACCCCUAUAUCUGUAGGCUACUCCUUCCAUUUAAUUUAAAAAUAUAUUAAAUAUAAUUAAAAUCCUCAGUGAUAAGGACUGUUGGUAAAAGACAUUCCAGAUUAACUGCAAAUGGAUUCAAAGUAACAAAAUGCUAACACCAUUCCACUUCUUCCUUCAAAAUAGUGUUUAUAUUGCUUCCCACAUUGGCAUUUCAAGUUCUGAGUAAUCAGUGCAGAAACUCUGCUUGGAUUAAUUCAUUUUUUAAUCUGGUGAGUUUAACCAGAAUUUCACCUGAAAAUGUUCUACAUUACUUAUUGCAUGAGAUUGCUAGAAAUGUGGGUAUAAAAAAAGGCUUGUCAACCAUUUUGAAGGCAUACUACAAGUGAUUCUGUAAUAGGUAGAGAGAGCAAAUAAUCUGAAUGUUAGCUGUUUAUUAUUUUGUUCUAAGGGUAUCUCUCUGCCACACACGUGCAAUUUAUGCCCAUAUCUUAUCCCAUAUUUUAGCAUUUUCUAAUAUCAGAUUCUGCUACUAUCUAGCAUAAAAAUGAAGGAUGGCUUGUAAAUCUCACAUAAGUGUAAGAAGUGAAAUAGAGACAACCAAAUCUUUACAUUUUAUGUGUUAAUUACUGUACUGUUUAUGGUACCGUCUUUAUAAAAUGGAUAAUUUGAAAAUAAAGUUCUGACUGGAUACACAA